AUGAACAAAUUCUCUGCGGACUAUUCGUCCAGCCUCAACUCAACGCCCGGCAGAACUCCCGCCCCUCGAGGCUCGAAUUUUCUCUCCUCCAACCCUCCUCAACUGGCCAGCACUACUCCCGUUGCUCCUCCCCCCUCUCAGAUCUUCGGCAGCUCUACCUUUGGCACUGGUGUCAGCAAACUCCAGCUCUCCAGGCCCACACAGUCACCCCCGUCACGGUCACCCCCGAACUUCAACAAUCCUCCGCGACCGAAGAAUGGCCCUCCCCAGAUUUCGUCAAGAGCCAGGCGGGUCAACUAUGAUGAAGAUGAGGAAGAAGAUGACGGUGAAGAAGAUGCAGACCAAGUCAUGGACGAAGACGAGUAUGAGGAGGAACCAAGUCAAUUCCAGCGGAGCCGUGGCUUUCGAUCCAUCGACCACCGGCAACCCGCCUCCCUCAUGAAAUUCAGUACCAUGAGCACAAGAGACUCCAGGAUCACUGCGCCACGCAAAUCAUUCCGCAACUCAACGAGGCUCUCUGCGCUCCCCCACAAGGGAAACGAGACAGUGGUGCUCAACCUCGCUAGAGACAUGGGAGCCAGGGCGCAACCAGCGUCUAUCACCGAACCAGAUGAGGUGAUCCUGGAGACAGAACAAAUCCUCCGGGAACUAGACGAACAAUCUCAGUACCUCAAAGACAGUGCAAACAUGCUCCAAACCAUCACCGAAUAUGCUUACAGUCUGAUUAAGGAGUGGCAAAGAUUUGUCGAGACGGAUCGACCUUCGCUGGAUAGCAACGAUAUUGGUCCUCAGCCUGCAGCUCCCGCUUUUGCUAAGGCCAACUAUCUCGCCUCGCUGCUCCUCGUCCUUCGCCAUGCCCCGCCCUCGACAGACAACACAGUCAUCCCGACGCCGCAGGUCCUUCUCGACUGGCUUAACAAUUACCACGUCUCUUACGACCAAAUGUACAGAGCAGUCGCCUCAGCGCGGCCCAACUGUACUUCACAUGAGCUCUUCUGGGAUGCUGUCCAAAGUCUAACACUACGAGGCAAGCUGCAACAGGUAAUGCAGCUUUUCGCCGACGCAGAUUUCAAAUAUGCGGCCUCGGCCGUGGACGACGGAGCAGAUGGUGUUGGUUAUAAAGGCGCUCAGCUUCAGACAGUCCAAAGCGUCAUCUACCGAGCUCGAAUUCUCCUCAAUUCUUGCCCAGCCAUUCAAUCAGGCGACUGGAAUGUGGCUGGUCCAGACUGGGACGUCUUUCGGACCGCUGUGGAAGCCGCACUGGACAAUUUGACUGACGAGGUCACCGGCCAGGAUGAAGACGAAUCUACCUUCGAGGCCGAGAACUUUGGCCUGCGUAAGCCCGAAAUGAAUCUUCUUGGACGGGUGGGCCAAAAGCCGGCAUCGGCUCUUCCUUGGACUAUUUAUCAGAACCUCAAAAUACUCUACAGCAUCCUUUUGGGCAGUGCUGAAGAGAUUGCGGCCCAAUCACAAGACUGGCUCGAGGCGGCGACCUCUUUGACCAUAUGGUGGGAUGGCAUUGCAGAUACUGCUGCGGUUGCGCAGUGGAGUUUCGACGUUAGCCGGGCUAACAACUUGGCGAAACAAGAUGAGGACUUCAAUCCUUAUCUCGGCCGGCUGAGGGAUGCCUUCCUCAGUGUCACGGAUCCCGAUGAUAAGAAUUCUUUCCAAAUCAACGCAAUGUCCCCGGUCGAGGUAGGCCUGGGAUGUAUCCUCCAGGGAAGUACUCAGGGCGCCCUGGCCGUUUUGCGAACGUUGUCUCAAUGCAUUGCUUCAUCCGUAGCAGAAAUUGGUGCUAAGGCUGGCUGGCUGGAAGACGAGACACAGGCUCGACCGACAGGAUUGAACGAAGAAGAUCUCAUGGUCCUCAGCUAUGGCGCCCCCAAGCAGGGCGUUUCCAAGGACGACCUGUUGUUGUCGUAUGCUCAACAAAUUUUCGACAAGGCCACUCUCCAGCUCCCUGACGGCUCCUCGGUGGAAGGUUGGGAGGUCUCUAUAUCUAUUGUCACCCGUCUUGACGACCGGGAAGCGAUGCAUACCGCCGUGAGCAAUUUCGUGGAACAACUCCAGGUCACUACUCAAGAUCGAACUGAGAAACUCACGAAUCUCUGCUCGGAUCUCGGAUUACAGGAUGAAGCGAGAAAGGUCUCCGAUAGAUUCGGCGACUACCUCGUGAACAAUACCGAGGAGUACGGUACUGCCUUGCUGUGCUAUGCGAGGAGUCACGCCAGCCAUAAGAUAAGGCAAUUGAUAGAUGUGUUGGUCAGCUAUUCGCUUGUGCAGUCAAGGGCGUACCCUCCCGAGAACGAUAUGGAUGACGGAUUACGGAGUCUGGUGGGAAAUCCCAAGACUGCACUCAUCGACAUUGCAGAAGUCGACCCCGAGGCUGCUGAGAUGUUGCAAUUCUCCCUCGUCGGAUACGCUUGUUUACGGAGGUUUUAUACUCUGCGCGACGAAGAAUCCCGCAAUGGAUCAACGACAAAUCCUCGCCCUCUCGCACGAAGAAGAGCAGCUGCGAGAGCACUGGUGGCGGCGGUCAAUUCUGCUGCCGAUUCUAUCUAUGGCGGGCUGUACGACCCAGAGAGACAAAGUGCAAUCCAAGUUGAUGGGCUGUUGACGCUUCUGGGAGAGGCUACUGCACUUCUCGCGUCCACCCACGCUGCGAGCACAGGAAACGUCGAGUUAAAGAGGAGGAUAUUCACGACUGAACAAAUCUAUGCUCUACUGGCGGCAAUUGAGGAUCUCUCCACCGUGUCUCAGCGCGUCUACGCCGCGACAGAGGAGUGCCUGGCCGCUUCACUCCGAGAGUACCAUGGCUCAAGGCCGCCCAGUCCGCGAGCCGUGCUGAAAAAGUCCAUGAGCAGCGGCAGUGGAAGUGGUUUCUCCUAUUCGCUGAUGGGGAGUGAGAUGCUGAGCAGGAGCAUGACCACCGACAUGACGAGCGCAAGUGGCAGUGGUGUUUUAGUCGGAGGGGCCAAAGGGCCCAAAGCGAAGGGCAAAGAUAAGGAGGACCCAAGGGGAAGAGGCUGGGAUUGGAGAGACGCUUUUACAGGCGAGGAUGUGCGUGGACAGGAUAUUGUCAAGGUGUUGAGGACGGGAUUGGCGGAGGAGUUGAGCUUUGCCGAGCUCGACGAAGGCGUUGCAUUCUAA